CGGGAUGGCGGCACGGUGAGAGGAGCGGGGCAGGAGCGAUGGCGGGGGCGAUGGCCGCGGCGCUGCUGCUGUGCUCCGCCCUGCUGUGCGCGGCGCUGGGCUGCGCGGGCGCGGCGCUGAUCCCCCCCGCUCCCGACGUGAAGGUGGAGGUGCUGCACAAGCCUUUCCUCUGCCACAGAAAGACCAAGUGGGGGGACAUGAUGCUGGUUCACUACGAGGGCUACUUGGAGAGGGAUGGCUCCAUGUUUCACUCGACUCACAAGCAUAACAAUGGUCAGCCUAUGUGGUUUACACUUGGCAUAAGGGAAGCUCUCAAAGGCUGGGACAGAGGGUUGAAGGACAUGUGUGUGGGAGAGAAACGGAAGCUAACUAUUCCACCAGCCCUUGCUUAUGGAAAAGAAGGGAAAGGAAAAAUUCCACCUGAGAGCACACUGAUUUUCAACAUUGACCUUCUAGAAAUUAGAAAUGGACCAAGGUCUCAUGAGUCAUUCCAAGAGAUGGAUCUUAAUGAUGACUGGAAACUAUCCAAGCAAGAGGUGAAAAUUUACUUGAAGAAAGAAUUUGAAAAGCAUGGAGCAGUGGUAAAUGACACCCAGCAUGAUGCUUUGGUUGAAGACAUAUUUGAUAAAGAGGAUGAAGACAGUGACGGGUUUAUAUCUGCAAGGGAAUUCACAUACAAGCACGAUGAGCUGUAGAAAGUAAAGGGUGGAAUAAUUUUUUUUGAUACAAAUAGCAGUAACUUAGACUGUCUGGGUCUUGUGUCAUCUUAAUUCUGUGUUUCGGAAUUGACAAUUGCUGUUGGCAAAGAAACACUUGGUUUAUAUAAAAGAGAAUUUCUAUUCAUUAUGUACAAAAGUUUUAAACUAUUUUAAAAUGUGAAAAUGUACCUCCUCUUAUACAAUGAAGUACAUCAGUGUUUUUAAAA